AUGACAGAUCAAUUCGCUUACUCAUAUCCAUCACCUUUGGAGGGGUACGAGAACCUCGAGCCACUGUCCGACGAGCGGAAUGAAGAUGGAAAAUCCCUCAAGAAUCCCCAAACUGGCAUCCUAAGUAAAGCCUACGAUGAGUUUCCCGAUCCAUUGAGCAAAGGCCGACGCGGCGGAUUCGACGUCCACAUCUACCACUUCCAAACAAACCCAGACCAAGUAGCCUUCGCAAAGGCCCUUCAUGAAAGAAUCCGACGCGAAUUCCCCGAACUCCGCAUCUACCGAUUCUUCGACCAGCCCGUCGGCCCCCACCCUGUUGCCAUGUUCGAAGUAAACAUCUUCACACCCGCCCAGUUCGGAGCCUUUAUUCCCUGGCUAGUAAUUAAUCGGGGUCAACUGAGCGCGCUGAUCCAUCCGAAUACGGAGAUUGAGACGGGAGCGGAGGAGGAGCGGAAUCAUACGCAGCGGGCGACGUGGUUGGGGGAGAGAAUUCCAUUGGAUUUGAGGUUGUUUAAAUUGUGGAAAGAGAAGGAGCAGAAGGAGAAGGAGAAUCAGCAGGGAAGAUAA